AUGGCGAUUUAUAUUGAACUCCUAGUUUUUGCGUACAUAGUGGAUAUAGCAAGUAGCGGCACCAUAUUCCGCGCGCAAGAUGCUGAUGAUGACAACGAGGUGUCAAGUUACGAUUUUCCCUUCGUGACCCGUUCCAUGUGGCAUGCUAGACCUCCAAAAGAGAAGAACCCCUUGCAAACACCAGUUCCAUAUGUAGUCAUACAUCACUCCUAUUCACCACCGGCUUGCUAUGAUGCUGUAACAUGUCGUCAAGCUAUGAGGUCCAUGCAGAACUUCCACAUGGAUUCUAGAGGCUGGUGGGACAUAGGUUACAACUUCGCCGUUGGCAGUGAUGGUGCAGCGUACGAAGGCAGAGGGUGGACAGUACUAGGAGCUCACGCUCUCCACUUUAAUAACGUCAGCAUUGGAAUAUGUCUGAUUGGGGACUGGAGUUAUUUAGUGCCGCCUUCCAAUCAACUGAAGUCAGCCAAAGCUCUAAUAAAUGUCGGAGUAGAAUUGGGAUUCAUCAAAAGUGACUAUAAGCUUAUCGGUCAUAGACAAGUUCGAGAGACAGAAUGCCCUGGCGACGCUCUGUUCAACGAGAUACAAACUUGGGACCAUUGGUCGUCCUUCCCCGCUUCUUAUAAGGAUUUAGAUAAAAUUGAUUUAACUGGAUCUCAGAAUAAAAGUUAA